GCCCUCCACCCCUUACGCUUUCCUUGCGUUCCAGCGCCUCUUAAGCUAGGCCAGGAACUCCGAGAAGAGGCGGAACUCCGUGAUCCGGGGGCAGUUUCCUCGCCGGACCGAAAAGCGGAGUGCACCGAGUGUCGCGGGAGGAGCGCCUUGGUCCCCUGCUCCCGCGACAUGGCCUUCAACUUUGGGGCUCCGUCGGGCACCUCGGGCACCGCUGGAGCCACCGCGGCCCCCGCGGGCGGGUUUGGAGGCUUUGGGACAACCAGCACCACAGCAGGUUCUGCGUUCAGCUUUUCUGCCCCAGCGAACACAGGCACUACUGGACUCUUUGGUGGCACUCAGAACAAAGGUUUUGGAUUUGGUACUGGUUUUGGCACAACAACUGGAACUAGUACUGGUUUAGGUACUGGUUUGGGAACUGGACUGGGAUUUGGAGGAUUUAGCACACAGCAGCAGCAGCAAACUACAUUAGGUGGUCUCUUCAGUCAGCCUACACAAGCUCCUACCCAGUCCAACCAACUGAUAAAUACUGCAAGUGCUCUUUCUGCUCCAACGCUGUUGGGAGAUGAGAGAGAUGCUAUUUUGGCAAAAUGGAAUCAACUGCAGGCCUUUUGGGGAACAGGAAAAGGAUAUUUCAACAAUAACAUUCCACCAGUGGAAUUCACACAAGAAAAUCCCUUUUGCCGAUUUAAGGCAGUAGGUUAUAGUUGUAUGCCCAAUAAUAAAGAUGAAGAUGGGCUAGUGGUUUUAGUUUUCAACAAAAAAGAAACAGAUAUUCGAAGCCAGCAACAGCAAUUGGUAGAAUCAUUGCAUAAAGUUUUGGGAGGAAACCAGACCCUUACUGUAAAUGUAGAGGGUAUUAAAACAUUGCCAGAUGAUCAGACAGAAGUUGUCAUUUAUAUUAUUGAGCGUUCUCCAAAUGGUACUUCAAGAAGAGUUCCAGCUACAACACUAUAUGCCCAUUUUGAACAAACUAAUAUAAAAACGCAGUUACAGCAACUUGGUGUAACCCUUUCUAUGACUAGAACAGAACUUUCUCCUGCACAAAUCAAACAGCUCUUACAGAAUCCUCCUGCCGGUGUUGAUCCUAUUAUUUGGGAACAAGCCAAGGUGGAUAACCCUGAUUCUGAAAAGUUAAUUCCUGUACCAAUGGUUGGUUUCAAAGAACUUCUUCGAAGACUGAAGGUUCAAGAUCAGAUGACUAAGCAACAUCAGACCAGAUUAGAUAUAAUAUCUGAAGAUAUUAGUGAAUUACAGAAGAAUCAAACCACAACUAUGGCCAAAAUUGCACAAUACAAGAGGAAACUCAUGGACCUUUCCCAUAGAACCUUACAGGUCCUAAUCAAACAGGAAAUUCAGAGGAAGAGUGGGUAUGCCAUCCAAGCUGAUGAAGAACAGUUGCGAGUUCAGCUAGACACAAUUCAGUGUGAACUAAAUGCACCUACUCAGUUUAAGGGCCGACUAAAUGAACUGAUGUCCCAAAUCAGGAUGCAGAAUCAUUUUGGAGCAGUCAGAUCUGAAGAAAGAUAUUACAUAGAUGCAGAUCUGUUACGAGAAAUCAAACAGCACUUGAAACAACAACAGGAAGGCCUCAGCCACUUGAUUAGCAUCAUAAAGGAUGAUCUAGAAGACAUAAAAUUGGUAGAACAUGGAUUGAAUGAAACUAUCCACAUCAGAGGUGGUGUCUUUAGUUGACAGUUCACAAACUUGUGUUAAAGAUUUGUGAAAUGUAUCUUCUUAGAGUUCACAAACUUGUGUUGAAUAUUUGUGAAAUGUAUCUUCUUGCUACAUCAGACCUUCCUUAAGAAUGAAACUGACUACCUGGAGGAAAAAAAAAACAUACAGUCCCCUCCUGGCUUGGUUUUUGAGAAGGUUACUGACAAAUUCUUGUUCAUAAAAUCUGAAAUAAGUCACUUCACAGCUCUUCAAAGAUGGAUAGGCUUUGAAAGAUUUGUAUCUAAAAGCUGUAUUUACUUUAAAAGAGAAGUACAUAAUCACCAAAAAUAUGUACUAUUGUACAUUUUUACAACAGCAUUGUUUUUAAAAAUAAUCAGUGUUUAAUGAUUACUCUAUUGAACCUGUACUCUGCUUCCCAUAGCAAGUAAAUAUGAAAUACCUACUUUGCACAUAACAAAAUAAACUGUAUAAUUACUUGGCUGUUGGAGAUUUGUACUUCAGAAUGUAAAUGUACAUCAGUUUUUAUAUUUGUGAAUUCAUCUGUAGGAGUAAAGAAAAUCCAAGAGUAUUUAAUGAUUAAUGUAGUUUUCAUUCUAUAAAGAUUUGAAAAUAUAUUUUUAUAUUAUUUUACUUAUUUGGAAUUUACAGAACACAUCUAAGCAAUUAGGAUAUAACAAAAUUACAUUUUAUCAUUUUUGCAACUUUUUUCUUUAAACCUUUUUAUUUCUAAAAAAGAUGAAAACUUAUAAAUAAAUUCUUGAUUGUAAUUACUUUUAUAU